AUGGGUUUAGCUCGAUCGAAAGUGGCAGCUGCAAAUGAGGCUGAAAAUAUCACGGGAGUCGUUGGACAAGAUCGGAACAUUUAUAAAUUGGUGGAUAUGCAUGGUGGAGGAAUUCUGGUGAAGCUAGCAAGGUAAAUUUGAAAUAUAAAAUUCAGAGUUUGAUUGAAGCAUUAUGAAAAAUUAAAGAGUAUUUUGUGCCAAUUUUCCGGCCCAUAAUCCAAUAAAAAAUAGCCAAAUAAAAACAAUUGAAUUGAACUUUUCAGGAAAUAAAAAUGGGAACCUUUUUGGAACAUUUAAAAAUCAAUGUUAUCUAAUGUAAGUAGAAAAUAUGAUUCUGAAUUUAAUUUAGAAAAUCUCUCGGAAAUUUUUGACGCGCCUAGACAUUUUCAUAAAUCUCUGAUCAUCAAAUUUAAAAUUCUCAAAGAUAGAGAGUUCAAUUCGAGCAUAAUGAAAAAUUCAGCAUAUUUUUUUUUUGAUUUUUCAAUUGCUCUCCGAAAAAUGUGCCUCAAUCAAAUUACAAAAAGCUUCUGAAAUUGAAUUUUUUCCUUCCAGAAAAAAAUUGCACAUGCCAUUUCAACGCUGAAAACUAAUUCCCAAAAUUAAUGAGAAUGAGACAUUUUCAAAAUUAAUUUUUCAGUUUCAGGGAAUAAAUUGGAAAUUUGAUAGGUUCAUGUCAUUUUUUCGCAGCCUUUGUUGUUAUUGAUAGAAAUAUUUAAAAGCAUAUUUUUCAACAACAAAAAAAUUAGUCACAAAAAUGAUGUGUGAGCCGAGGCGUAAAACAUUUUUUUUCAUUCUCCAAUUUCUCAAGACACAAUUUUCCAAGAAAUCUGACCCCGAGAAAACUAGAGUCUUUUUGAAACUUGAAAGUUUUCAAAAAAUUCAAAAGAAAAGUCGAGUUACCGUAUACCUUAUCGAACAAAAAAAGAAGAAAUUUGUAGUCGUACUAUACGAAAAAAAACUUCUAGAAAUUGUAUAUUAUUUUUUCUUAUAUUACUAAUUAAUGAAAAAAAUAUCAAAGGGAUCAGAGCUUCGAUAAAACUGGCUUCAAAAAAAAAAAUUUUUUCUAAGAAUUUUGAUAUUUGUCAGACAAGUGACAAGCUAAGCUAGUGAGAGAAAAUAUGAAUCAAAUCAAAUUAACUCAAUUUUUCUGCGCUUUUUUCAUGGAAAAGAAACCCAUGAAUUCUCACAUACGCAGAAAAAAUUGCCGAUGAAAAAUAAUAUUGAAAAGUAGAUAAAAAAAUUCAAAAAACAAGAAUUAUUUGUUUUCGAGUUAUUUUUUCUAGAAAAAUAAGGAAAUAUGAAAAAAAAAGAAAAAUAUCUAUCAGAAUUUUUUUUCAGAACUUGCAAAGAAAUGAAAUCAAUGGAAAUGUUGGAUGCGUAUAUUGAAAAUGAACUACGUGAUUAUAUGUAUAAUUCUGGAAAGGGAAAACUUGUGGCAGUUGCCGAAUUAGUCAAAUUGAGAAAUAAGGUAUUACUCUAUGUAAAGGGAAAAUAAUAUUUUCUAGUUUUGAGCAAACUACAAAAAGAUUUCCCAGGAAGUUUCUUACGACCUAUGGAAAGUUUAUUGCAAUAAGGAGGUACUGUAGAAUCUGUGAUUACUGUUGAUGUAUUUCUAGUUGUGGUUACAGUACUGUAUUUUUUGGAUUACUGUAGUUGUGUUUGAAGUUAACAAAAUUUGAAAAAUUCAAAAAGCUCUCGAAAAUUUUAAACGUAAACUCGAAAAAUUGAAAUGCCAUUUUCACAAUUAAAAAAGCAUUUCAAAAAAAAGUGUAUCAGAAAAUCACAUUUCUCAUUUUUUUUCUGAGAAAAAUAAUUGCUCGUAAAUCGGUGAUCACUUUCCGCAAUUCAAUUAAAUGUUCUGAAUUUGAGCUGAAUAGGUCGGUUUUUCCCGGAAAAGAGAUAAUCCGGAAGUAUUUCAAAAUUUUCAAAUUUCAAUUUAUGUAAAAAAAAAUUGAAAAUGGUCAAUUUUAGGAGAGCAUCGAUUAUUUUUUCUGAAAAUUAGGGCUCAAGCUCAUGUGUUCAUAUUUUUCCAGUAAAUUUCUCAUCAUAAAUAUUUCAGCCUUUUUCAGAAAAAAAAAGAGUUCUCUAGUCUUGAGCAAACUAUAUAUAUAAAUGAUGUAGACGACAAAAAAUAAAAGAAAAGGAUUAAGAAUGACUCAAGAUAAUGAAAACCUCAUAAAUAUUCAGGAACAUUCUUUUUUGCUCAAAGAACUUUUUUUAAGGAGAGAAAUGCGACUCUCGGAGCAUUUUCGAGAAAAAAAGGAAAAGGAAAAAGUGGGCCGAAUAUUUUGGAUCACAUCGAUCAGGGACAAGCGGAAAUGGGAGAUUUGAAAAAAGGUAGGGGGAAGUUGUCAUGAACAAGUCUAGUCCUCAUUGACUCCUCAAAAAAUGGAGAAAAAAAAGAACCUUUUUAAAGCUUUGAAACUUCUUGAUGGUGGAGGAAAAGGCGGGAAAUCAGAGUCAAAGUACCGUGAGAUUUGUUGGAAUUUGGACGAAAGAGGAAGAAUGGGAGAGAAUUUGUUGUGUAUUUGUAUUUUGCAAGGAACUGAAAUUCAUAAUGUGAUUGCAAGAAGAUUGUUGAAAUUUUAUCCGAAAUUGGCAAAUGAUGUUUGUAUUUCGGAAGAUUAUUAUGGUGGGUGAAAUUGAGGAAACAAUUGGAAACUUUGAAAAAAUUGCAAAACUUUUCUGCAAGUUUUUCAGAAAAAAAAAGAAUCUGGUUUUCUGUUAAGGAAAUAACCUGAAAAAAGUUUUCAAUUUUUCAGGGAUGUCACCAUUGCACGUGGCAAUUGUGAAUCAAGAUAUGCAAUCAGUCUCGCUUUUGCUCAGAAUAGGAGUCGAUCUUAAUCAAAGGUGUGUGAAAAUAUGUGUGUAACAACCAACGAUUGAUUUUUGGGAAUUUAAUUUUUUCAAGAACAAAUUGUUGGUAAAAAUCUUAUGAAAUGAAAUUAGAUAUUGCUGAAAUCGCGUGGGAUGUUUUCUAAAAUACUUAAACAAAAAUUAGGAAAAAUAUGGAAGCUUGUGAUGCGUUAAUAAUUUAUUAUUAAAGUUGAAUAAUAUUUUUCUAGAUAAUUUUUUAUUCAAACUCAAAACAUUUUUCUGAGCAAAAAAUAAAAGGAAUUUCAGAAAGUACAUUAUAAGUUCAAAUAUUCUUUUUCAUCCCAAAAAUCCUAUUUUUAAUUCAAAAAACAACCCUAAAAAAUCUAAUUUUAAAAAGGAUUAUCGAAGAUCCAAAGAAAAAACCGAAAAUUCAGAAAACACUAGACAUUUUCAACACAAGAGUCCAAAGUUUGACGAAAAAAGUUGUGCUAUUUUGGGGUCCAACCAAAUAAGAUAAAAUAUUUCUCUUCAAAAAUAUGCACGUCACACAAUUUUUUUAGAUUGUCAAAAACACAAAGCGGAAGUUUUUUCCCACACCGUAGCCAAUCAGUUGUGGAACAUAGAUUACAGUUUUUAAAAAUGAUAUCAAAAUUUGAGUAAGAGGACAAAUUAUCAAGAUUCACAGUUUUAGACUGAAAAAAAAGUUUGAACACGAUUUUGGCCGAAGUGUGGUUUUUCCUGAAUAUGAGAAAUGUCUGCUUUUCAAUUUGAAAUUUGUCUAGCCCUCUUCUACCGUAAUCCUUCCAGGUGUUAUGGCGCAUUUUUCUGUGCUGAGGAUCAAAAAUCAAGUCGAAGUGAUAGUUUAGAACAUGAAUAUGUGGAUUUGACAAAGAAUACAAAUUAUACUGGAAAUAUGUAUUAUGGAGAAUAUCCGUUAUCUUUUGCAGUUUGUACAGGACAAGCUGAUUUAUUUCGAUUGUUAUUAGCGAAAAAAGCAAAUUUGAACUCACAAGACACAAAUGGCAACACUUUAUUGCAUCUUUGUGUAAUCCAUAAUAAAGAGGUAGAAAUUCUGGAGUUUCAUACUUCUCCAAAAAAAUAUUUGCAGAGUAUGAUGGAUGCCGUUCUAGAAGCCGGUGCCAACUUGAAACUUUUGAAUCAACAAAACUUAUCAGCUUUAACUCUUGCAGCAAGACUUGCAAACAAAACUGUAAGUUUCGAAAAAAUCUUGCAGUUUUAUGAGUUUACUGAAAAGAGAAAAAAUGAUUUCAGAUGUUCAAUAAAAUUUUGCAACUUCAAUGCGAGCGAGUUUGGAGUUAUGGUCCUUCGCAAUGCACCGCUUAUCCUUUAAGCAAAAUUGAUACAAUUGAUGAGAGCACUGGGCAAAUGAAUGAUACUAGUGCUCUUUCUUUGAUUGUUUAUGGGGUUUGUUUUCUGAGAAAGCUUAUUGAAAUAUUUUGCGUGGUUCAACUCAGAAUUCACAAAAAUUCAAAAAGUUCAGAAUUCAUUUUUUUUGUAAAAAUAUCGCAGUAAUCCGAAGUUUUGAACUCUGAUAUUGUUUUAAUUCUCCACAUUUCAAAAGAAAAACUAGUUUUGAGAGUCUUCUCUGUGAUCUUCAGAACCUCCCUGAAUAUUUUUAGGAAACAACUAAACAUCUCGAUCUUAUGGAUGGUUUGAUCGAACAAAUUCUUUCGGAAAAAUGGAAAGCUUAUGGCAAAAAAAUGUGGCUUCGAUCAUUGAUGAAUUUCAUAUUUUUCUAUUGUUGUUUUGUUGUCGCUUAUAUGUUUAGACCAUCUUCAGCGACUACAGAACAUUUGACACGUGGAAGAAUUAAUGAUGACGGAGAAACUGAAUCAACUAAUUCGAGUAAUACUAGAAAUUGGCGUGAGUUCAUUGAAAUUUUAGAAGCGGACGGUAAAUCUAAUAUUUGAUUUUCAGAACCUAUGGAAACUCAGUGUCAUCUUCUAUACUACAGUGAAUGGCCAUGGUAUUAUGGAUGGGUAAGUCGAAAUAUGUGUAUUUAGAAUUAGAAAAACUUGGAAAAAAAUAACAACUGGAAAAAUUCUAUUUUUCAUUCAUUAGUAAUUGAAUUACAAGAAGUGCUCUCGAAAUAAAUUUUUUCGUGACAAAAAUAUCAGAAAUUUUAUAUUUUUGGAAAAAGGAUUGUAGUUUUAGAGUAAUCUAGUUGAAGGAAGUCGGGAAAAAUGUUCUCAACCUACAAAAACUUUUUUCAUAUUUCAGUUGCGCCUUGGUGGAGAAGUUAUGACAAUUCUCACAAUUUUGAUUCAAAUGAGUCUUGAUUUUGGAGAUAUUCGUCGAAUUGGUUUCCAAAAAUGGUUCAAUUUCCUAAAAGCCUUCCCAGCAAAAUUGAUGUAUAAAUUCUCAUUUCUUUUUAUUCUUAUGGCAAUUCCUUGUCGAUUGGCUUGUUCUCUUCAUGAGAUUUUUCUAACAAUCGAUAAUACUUUGGCUAUAAUAAGUGUGUUGUUGGUGACCCAACAUUUUCUAUAUUAUAUGAGGUAAGUCUCUUAUUUUGUGAGACUUGUGGAUAUUAUUUGUCACAAUUUUUCAGAGCAAUCGCGUUUAUCGGGCCAUUCGUUUUGAUGGUUUACACAAUUAUUGCAACUGACUUGGUUAGAUUCGCUAUGAUUUAUUCGAUUUUCUUGAUCGGAUUCUCUCAGUGUAAGAAUUGAGAACUGAAGUAUUUAUUGAAUAAAACAAAAAUACAUUUUGCAGCAUUUUAUGUUAUCUUCACAUCUUGUGAAAGAGCUGCUGCACAAGCAAAAUACUAUGAUCCAAAUAGUUCGGAAUUCAAUAACAUCAUGGAAAAUCCUGUAGAUGCGUUACUUCGAACUUUUAUUAUGACAAUCGGCGAAUUCUCAGUUUUAUAUCGAGAAAUGGCAGCGUGUAAUGGAGCACUUAUGAGAAAUCUUGGCAAAGUUCUUUUUGUCAUUUUUGAAGUCUUUGUUUCAAUUCUUCAAUUUAAUUUGCUGAUUGCUAUGAUGACAAGAACUUAUGAAGCUAUUUUCUUGACACAAAAAGAAUGGAAAAGACAGGUAAUUUUCAGGUUACUGUAACUAUUCUAUUUUAAUCAAAACGCUAAGUAAAUUAAUUGGGGUUACUGUAGAAUUAUUUGUGUAAUUUUUCUCCAAAACAUUAUUAAAAAUCAUUAUUUCAGUGGGCCCAAGUUAUUUUGAUGCUUGAAAUGGGAUUGUCUCCUGAUGAACGUAAAAUGCAUCUUUAUCGCUAUACAAGACCAACUGGAAUGAAUAAAAUGAUUCGAAGUUAUGUUAUUGUCUCACGUGGAGAAGGAGAAAGAACUGAAAAAGAAGAAUUGGAAGCAAGAGAAGCAAAAGAGGAAAAGAAACGAGAACAUCGGAAAAUGAUGUUGGCUAAGAAGCAAAGGGUGAGUAAAUAUUUUCAAGAUCUCAAGAAAAACAAUAAUACCGUAAUUUAUAGGAACAUGAGUUGAAAACUAAAGCUUUGGCUUUGCUUGGAACAAAACUUCGAAUGGAUGUUAAGAAGCGUCGUGUUUUACGUCAACAGACUUUGGAUGCAAAUACAAGAGUCUAA